AAAACUUUAUAAAAUUGGGAAUAAUUAUAUUUAAUUUGACGUAAAAGGAAAAAAAAAGAAGAAAGAAUAGAAGUUAUGAUAAUAGUGGUAGUAAGUAGUAAGUUGAUUAUCGGUUGAGAAAGCAUUGAAAAGAAGUAGAAGUGUUUGUAAUGCAGAGAGAAGAGUGAGAGAAAUAAGGAACAGAAAAGAUGAUUUUGUUUUGGAGAUGGUUGUUUGUAAUUGUGAUUGUGGGGUUAGUGUUGCCAGUGUCAGUAACGGGUCGAUUCGUGGUGGAGAAGAACAGCCUGAGAGUGACGUCACCGGAGAAAAUAAGAGGCACACACGAUAGUGCCAUUGGCAACUUCGGAAUACCUCAAUACGGUGGUAGCAUGGCCGGGAUUGUCGUCUACCCCAAGGAUAACAAGAAAGGUUGUAAAGAGUUUGAUGACUCUGGAAUUUCCUUCAAAUCACGCCCCGGUGCUCUUCCCACCAUCCUUCUGCUCGAUCGCGGAAGUUGCUUCUUUGCUUUGAAGGUCUGGAAUGCCCAGAAGGCUGGAGCUUCUGCGGUUCUUGUUGCAGAUGAUAUUGAGGAGCCCUUAAUAACUAUGGACACGCCUGAAGAGGACGGUUCAUCUGCCAAAUAUGUCGAGAACAUAACUAUACCGUCUGCUCUUGUUGGAAAAAGUUUUGGUGCUAAGUUAAAGGAUGCCUUAAGUGAUGGGGACAUGGUUAACGUAAACCUUGACUGGAGAGAGGCUGUCCCACACCCAGAUGAUCGUGUGGAGUAUGAGUUGUGGACCAACAGCAAUGAUGAGUGUGGAGUUAAAUGUGACAUGUUGAUGGAAUUUGUCAAGGAUUUCAAGGGUGCAGCUCAGAUACUUGAGAAAGGUGGUUACACUCAGUUUACACCCCAUUAUAUCACUUGGUAUUGUCCUCAUGCAUUCACCUUGAGCAAACAGUGCAAGUCUCAAUGCAUAAAUCAUGGAAGAUAUUGCGCUCCGGAUCCCGAGCAGGACUUCAGCACAGGUUAUGAUGGGAAAGAUGUGGUUAUUGAAAAUUUAAGGCAGCUAUGUGUUUUCAAGGUGGCAAAUGAAACUCAAAAGCCUUGGGUGUGGUGGGACUAUGUCACUGAUUUUCAAAUUAGAUGCCCCAUGAAGGAGAAGAAGUACAAUAAGGAAUGUGCGAAUGCUGUGAUUAGGUCACUGGGUCUUAAUAUUGAAAAGAUUGAUAAGUGCAUGGGUGAUCCAGAUGCCGACACUGAAAAUCCUGUUUUGAAAGAAGAGCAAGAUGCUCAAAUUGGAAAGGGAUCGCGAGGUGAUGUUACAAUAUUGCCUACUCUUGUUGUCAAUAAUCGACAAUAUCGAGGAAAAUUGGAGAAAGGCGCCGUUCUAAAGGCUAUAUGUUCUGGGUUUGAGGAAACUACUGAACCAGCCGUUUGCUUGAGCAAUGAUGUGGAGACAAAUGAGUGCUUGACGAACAAUGGUGGUUGUUGGCAGGAUAAAGCAGCUAACAUCACUGCAUGCAAGGAUACAUUCCGUGGGCGAGUAUGUGAAUGCCCUCUGGUUGAUGGUGUACAAUUCAAAGGAGAUGGUUAUACAACUUGUGAAGCCAGUGGACUUGGGCGUUGCAAGAUAAACAAUGGAGGCUGUUGGCAUGAUGCCCGGAAUGGACAUGCAUUUUCUGCUUGUUUGGAUAUUGGAGGGGUCAAAUGCCAGUGCCCCACAGGGUUUAAAGGUGAUGGUGUCAAAAAUUGUGAAGAUAUUGAUGAAUGUAAAGAGAAAAAGGCAUGUCAGUGCCCUGAAUGUAGCUGCAAGAAUACUUGGGGUAGCUAUGACUGCAGUUGUAAUGGAGAUCUUCUGUAUAUGAAGGACCAUGAUACCUGCAUAAGUAAAACUGGCAGCCAGGGAAGAUCUUCUUGGGCUGCUUUUUGGUUGAUUUUACUUGGCGUAGUUAUGAUUGCUGGUGGGGCAUUCCUUGUGUACAAGUAUAGAAUAAGGCAAUACAUGGAUUCCGAAAUCAGAGCAAUCAUGGCACAAUAUAUGCCCUUGGACAGCCAAGCAGAAGUUCCAAAUCAUGUCAAUGAUCAAAGAGCAUGAAAGUAAAAUCGGGUCCGUCUCUUGGGAUUUCACGAUGAGCUGCAUGGAUGUGCCAUCUUUGAGCCAUUCAGAACUCUGAGCAUUGCAUUUAGUAGACCGUAUCAUAUGGACAUUGGACAAUUAAAAGAUCGAAAUUUAGAAUGUUGUCCUGCAUGGUUUUUUUUUUUUUUUUUUGGUUGGAAAUGUAGCAUUUGUAUACUUAGUGAGGUACUAUUUCAGUAGAUUAUAGGAUUUCUACUUUACCAGACAUGUUAUUCCACGCACAGGAUCAUAACUUAUCGUGCUGUAGUACAUGCAAGUUAACGUCCUAAUGUUGUUCCAUUACUCUGGGAUGGUCCUUGU